CGAGGCGAGCGGCCGCUCCGCGUUGGGCUCGAGUGGAGGCGCGCGCCUGCGAGGUCGCGGACGCGCGCCGUCGCUGGGCGAUAGGCCAAGGAGUUGUCUGGCAGGCGGAUUCUUCUGAGUGCGGCCUGGGCGUCCAUAGCUUCUGUCUCUCUCUCUGUGCCUAUAGAGGGAGGGGAGGCUCGUUGAGUGCUGGUGCGCAUGCUCCAUGGUGGUCCGAGGGGCGGUAGGCUUCCGUGACAAGACGUUGACGAGGCUGUCUGCGGAGGGGGAGCGCGAGGGUGCCGCCGCCACGCCCCCUUUUCUCUCCCUCUUUUGGGCUCCCGGCGUGGGCGGGGCAUGGACUGGAUCAUGGAUUUUCCAGGGCACUUUGAGCAAAUUUUCCAGCAGUUGAACUAUCAACGACUUCAUGGCCAACUCUGUGACUGCAUCAUUGUGGUGGGGAAUAGGCACUUCAAAGCACACCGUUCAGUCUUGGCGGCAUGCAGCACGCACUUCCGAGCCCUUUUCACAGUAGCAGAAGGGGAUCAGACCAUGAACAUGAUUCAGUUGGACAGUGAGGUUGUUACAGCGGAAGCUUUUGCAGCUCUCAUUGACAUGAUGUACACUUCCACACUCAUGCUCGGAGAGAGCAAUGUUAUGGAUGUCUUACUAGCAGCUUCUCACCUCCAUUUGAACUCUGUGGUUAAAGCAUGCAAACACUAUCUUACUACAAGGACUCUGCCAAUGUCUCCUCCCAGCGAUCGAGUUCAAGAGCAGAAUGCACGCAUGCAACGGUCCUUCAUGUUACAGCAGCUUGGGUUAAGUAUAGUGAGCUCUGCAUUAAAUUCCACCCAAAACACAGAAGAACAGACUAAUUCUAUGAGCACAUCAAUCAGAAGUAACAUUGAACAAAGGAGUGCUUUUCCAAUACGCCGUCUCCAUAAACGCAAGCAGACUUCUGAAGAAAGGGCUAGGCAGCGCGUUAGGCCUACCAUAGAUGAUUCUAUUAUGUCUGACGUUACCGCAGAGGGUGCACAGACUGUCGUUCAUUCACGAGAUGAAUUUUUUUCACCAGAUUCUCUUAAAAUUGUGGACAAUUCUAAGCCUGAUGGGGUGGUGGACAACCAAGAAGACAGUACUCUCAUGUUUGAUCAGUCCUUCAGUGCCCAAGAAGAUGCUCAAGUGCCCAGCCAGUCUGACAAUAGUGGAGCAAAUAUUUCCCAGAUUUCUGUGGCAUCCCAUGCAACUCAAGUUGAAACAAGCUUUGAUCCAGAAACUGGUUCCCAGAAAGGCAGCUUUCCAUGUGAGAAUUCAGAGGUUGGACUAAAUGAGAAAGAACAUAUGAGGGUCAUUGUGAAAUCGGAGCCUCUCAGUUCCCCAGAGCCCCAGGACGAAGUGAGCGACGUGACUUCCCAAGCUGAGGGAAGUGAGUCGGUGGAGGUCGAAGGGGGAGGAGUCACUGCUGAAAAAAUAGAACUGAGUCCUGAGAGCAGCGACCGCAGCUUCUCUGACCCACAGUCAAGCACUGACAGGGUGGGGGACAUUCACAUCAUGGAGGUACCGAAUAACCUGGAGCAUAAAUCCACGUUUAGUAUUUCAAAUUUUCUGAACAAGAGCAGAGCCAGUAGUUUUGGUGCUGGCCAGAACAGCGAGGACAACAUUCCAAAUACAACCAGUGAUUGCAGAAUGGAUAAUGAUGCUUCUUAUUUAAUUAGCCCAGAAUCUGGGCCUGCUAAUGGUCAUUCCUCGGCUACUGUAUCACAUGUCGAAAAUCCAUUCAACGAGAGCGCAGACUCUCAUUUUGUUAGGCCUAUGCAAGAUGUAAUGGGUCUUCCUUGCGUACAGACGUCUGGCUACCGGGCUUCUGAACAGUUUGGGAUGGAUUUCCCAAGAUCUGGCUUAGGGUUGCAUUCUUUGUCAAGGGCAGUCAUGAACUCAAGAGGCGGUGCCAACAGCUUUCCUGGAUAUCGGCGCAUAGCUCCCAAAAUGCCUGUCGUGACCUCUGUUCGGAGCUCUCAAAUACCAGACAGUGCUCCUAAUUCUCAGCUGCUAAUGAAUGGGGGCACUGCCUCUUUUGAAAAUGGGCAUUCGUCCCAGACUGGCCCACCCCAACUAACCAGAGCAUCUGCUGAUGUCCUUUCAAAAUGUAAGAAAGCCUUAUCUGAACAUAAUGUCCUUGUAGUAGAAGGUGCUCGCAAGUACGCCUGCAAAAUUUGCUGCAAGACUUUUUUGACCUUAACAGACUGCAAGAAGCACAUCCGUGUGCAUACGGGGGAGAAGCCAUACGCCUGUUUGAAAUGUGGCAAGAGGUUUAGUCAGUCAAGUCAUUUGUAUAAACAUUCCAAAACGACUUGUCUACGCUGGCAGAGCAGCAAUCUACCCAGCACUUUGCUGUAACUCUUCCCUGGGCCCAAAUACCAAUAGUUUUUUUUAAUAAUGCAUGGAACACAUGAGGUGAACAGUUACUGUGUGAUUAUGCCACACACACACAAAAAGGCUUCUUUUUAAUACCUGUACCUUACCUACCUCACAGGGGUGUUGUGAGGCUUAAAUAACUUUUUAAAAGUGGUUUGGAAUUCUCCAGUUCUUUUAUGAAGGUAGUACUAAGGCUGCAGCCCAAGAGAUACUUGAGAAUGAGCCCUAUUGAAUUCUGUGGGAUUUGUUUCCUGGUAAUCAUGUGUGGAGUUGGGCUGUGUGUAACAUACAUGGAUAUGAUCCUCAGUUAUCUUUAGUUCUUUCUGAGUAGGAGGAGGGCUGAAAGAGAAAAAAAAAGCUAAUUAUGUGGCUAAUCCAUAAUUAUCUAGCACAUUUCAAGAAUGAGGAGUUGAAGUAUAAACUUUUUAAUGAUUUUUUUAAAAAAAAGAUGUGAAAGCUUUUAUUGUAAUAUAGGUUGCCAUAUGGAGUAUGUGAACAACGUAACUAAGAGCUCUUUAUUGUGAAAGACUGAAUAUCUUGAAAAUGAAACCACCUUUGCACCUCAAAGUGCUUUUCAAGUGUGUUAUAGAUUAACAUAGUUUUAGGGAUUCUGAAUGUAUUUUGGUUGUUUUGCAGUAACAUACAAUGUGUAACGAAGGUGCUUACCUUGAGUCCAAUGCAAGUAACUUUUAGACUGUGUGAUAUAUGUAGGUGUGUAUAUAUACUUUUGAAUACAGCAACCGCUCCUAGAUGUUUCAUAGUUUCCUUUUUGUAAAAUCUUGUACUGAAAAGUGAAGUGUGUUCAUGUGUUAUGCUUGGUAGUGUUUUUAAUCAAUUUGUAUUUUACGUGUUAAAACUUAACCUUAAGUCUUAAAU